CAUAAAAUAUUCACAGAAAAUUAAAUACAAGUUGAUAUUGACAAUAUGAAAAUUGUAAGUAAUUAUAUUUAUUUUAGAGAUACAAAUAAUAAUUAUUCAUUGAUUCAUACAAGGUCCUAUAUAUAUUUAUUUACGUUUGACUAGAAAUGAAAUAAAAUAAAGGGGGUGGGUUUACUUAGUAGUAGCAAAAUAAAAGGAGAAAAAAUAGGGGUAUGGCGCCAGAAGAUGAGGGGGUUAUGGUGGACAUCUUCUUCCCUCUCUCCCGCCUCAUCUCCCUCUCUCUCCUCUCAUCAUCUAGUAUUUAGUAUGUAAUUUCUUUUGUCAUUCCAUCAUUCUACUUUGAUCCUCUCUUCUUCUUCAUUAUCAUUAUCAUCAUCAUCGGUUUUUCCAUCCAUUGUUGGCUCACAGAUUGAACGAACAAAUUCAGAUUGCUGCCGCUACAGUUACUGCUUCCGUUUUUUUCAUCUGUUACUUUCUCCGUUCUCCUCACCAUUUCCUUUUUCAUUUUGUUUAUCCUCGAUUCAAAUAUCUCAGGUUUCGCCUGAGGAGGAGGAGGAGGAGUCUGGACAUUGUGGUGGUGUUGUAUUUUGUCUAUCAAUCAUAUAAUUGAGUGUUUUCCAUGUAGCUUUUUCCUCACAUUGCGUGUCCGUCACAUAGACAUCGGUUUCUUGCUUAUUGUUCUUUGCUCUACGUACAUACAUGUUGAUGACGCUAUGAGUUUCUGUUCAGCAAUUAAGAUGAGUGGAGAGGAGGAUUGUUUAAAUGAUAAUAAUAAUAAUAAUACGAGUUUUAGAUUCGAAAUAGAUAAUACCAUGGGAUACCUACUUGAGACAUCAGAGAGAUUAUCCAAUGAUAUUCUCGAUUUGCUUCCAGCUGAUCCUUUUGGUAUGGAUUUUAUCUAUACUUUUACACAAGUUUUUGACAUGGAAAUGGAUUCUCUGGGGUUUAUUUGUGAUGAUGUUGAGAUGGAACUAGGGGAGGACGACUUCUUAUAUAGAGAAUUGAAGGAGGUUAAUGAAAUAUCAAUGGAGUUUCGUGUAGGAUUAGGGAUAGCACUAUCUGAUGAUGAUCCGGUGGUAAUGGGUGAUAACAUAGAAGAGGUGAUGUAUUAUGGCUACGAGAAAUAUCGGGAUGAUGAACUUAAUAACAAAAUAUCAAUGGAGUUUCAUGUAGGAUUAGGGAUAGCACUAUCUGAUGGUGAUCCGGUGGUAAUGGGUGAUAACAUAGAAGAGGUGAUGUAUUAUGGCUACGAGAAAUAUCGGGAUGAUGAACUUAAUAAUGAAUGUCAAGGGUCCUCGAUUAAUUGUGCUGGUAAAAAUUAUUUCGAGGAUUGUCCACCCGAUGUAUUGUUUACUAUACUUGGUUACCUUGGUGUCAGAGAUCUUCUUAAUAUUCAAAGUGUUAGCAAAAAUUUUUGCAAUACUGUUCGAAACAGUUCUCGUCUUUGGAACUGUAUUCACAUAGACCGGACAUUGAACACCAGGCUCACUGAUGAUAAUUUAUUAUGGUUGACUAGUAGGGCACGAGGAAAUCUUCAAUGCUUGAGACUUGUACAAUGUACUAGAAUAACUGUUGGUGGUUUGAGGCUAGUACUUGAAAGCAACCCGGGGAUGAUAAAGGUUAGUGAGUGUCUGCAAGUUUAUAAUUCUUUGAAUUCCUAUUCUAAUUUCUUUAUGCUUCAAAUAUGUUUAUGCUUGCUUGGGUUUAAUUGGAAUAUACUUAGCAUUCCUGGUUGCGUGAGACUCGACAUGGAAAGUAUCUUGUGUUGCUUAAAGUCCUUCAAGUCCUUAGGCUUCCCUGGAAUAAAGCAACUUAGUGUAGGCAAUGUUCAGAUUGUUACACAGGACCAAUUUGAUGAGCUAAACUUGUUACUAGAUAUUGAUCACAAAAAGCAGGUUGCUUCCUACAAGCCUCGGUUCUACGGUGCUGGGAACUUAUAUCUGUCUUGCACUGAUGAUCGGCCUAUUGAUAUUGAGAAAUGCCCAGGGUGCCAGAAAUUUAGGCAGGUCUAUGAUUGCCCUGCAGAGAGUUGUCAAGGAUCUAGUGCUCAAUUAUGUAAGGCUUGUCUCUGUUGUAUUACAAGGUGCAUAAAUUGUGGUCACUGCAUUUCUGACAGCAGUUAUGAGGAAACAUUUUGUCUAGACUUUCUCUGCUUGGGUUGUUUGAAGAAGAUUAUAAAAUGUCAGGAGGAAAUGGGUGUUUCCUCAAACUGCACAAUCUUCCGUCAAGAUGGAAAUUUUCAUUUUUACGUUUUCAGUUAA